UUAUUUUCAUUAAUGUGCAUAGAUAUGUGGAAAGCGUGCAUAUCACCUAGUUCGUAGAAGAUAAUGCGGUCCCAUGGCCGGGAAGACACUUUUGUGCCCAUGGUUUCCGAGGCACGUCGGCGUGUGUUCGUAUGCAACCGCAGCAGCUGUAGAACAGUCGUACUACCAAUUGCUCGGGGUCAGUAAAGGCGCUACGCAUGCUGAAAUCAAGAAAGCGUAUUACAAGCUGUCGAAGAUUUACCACCCGGAUACGAAGCAAGAUGAUAUCUCAGUGCAGAAGUUCCGCGAGAUUUCAGAAGCAUAUCAGGUGCUUGGAAAUCUGCAGUUGAGAAGAUUGUACGACCGAGGGUUAUUGCACACUGCCGAUGGCUUUCAUCACACUAGAAAGAAUGCUCGCAGUGAAUUUGCUGAAGUGAAACGUCAUAGUCAACCAGGAACGCAGAAAGGACCCUCGAAACCUGUAAAAAUGUCCGGACAGACCCGCGUGUAUGAUUACGACGCCUGGCAGCAAGCACAUUACAGUGAGUUGCGUUCGAGAAGAAGC